CUAUUGCCUCAGAGGAGACCGGGCCAUCGGGUCCACGGGUCUGAAGUGACCAGACGUCUCCCAGGGCGGCUCAGCCAUCGGUCGUUCCUGGUGUUGGGGAAGCCAGACUCUGUCAGGACUCGCAGCGCUCGCCAUGACCUCCGACGGGCCUGAAGACCUCGCCCUCCGGAUCACCCGCUCCGGGUCCGCGAUGACGGCCACGCUGAUCCUGGAGCCCGCGGGCCGCUGCUGCUGGGACGAGCCGGUGCGCAUCGCCGUGCGCGGCCUGGCCCCCGAGCAGCCGGUCACGCUGCGCGCGUCCCUGCGCGACGAGAAGGGCGCGCUCUUCCGCGCCCACGCGCGCUACUGCGCCGACGCCGCCGGCCUGCUGGACCUGGCGCGCGCGCCCGCGCUGGGCGGCAGCUUCGCGGGGCUCGAGCCCAUGGGGCUGCUCUGGGCGCUGGAGCCCGAGAAGCCUUUCUGGCGCUUUCUGAAGCGCGACGUGCGGACGCCCUUCGCCGUGGAGCUGGAGGUGCUGGACGGCCACGACCCCGAGGCCGGGCGGCUGCUGGGCCGGGCGGUGCACGAGCGCGACUUUCUGCGGCCGGGGGUGCGGCGGGAGCCGGUGCGCGCGGGCCGGGUGCGCGCCACGCUCUUCCUGCCGCCAGGACCUGGACCCUUCCCAGGGAUCAUUGACAUCUUUGGUCUCGGAGGGGGCCUGUUGGAAUAUCGAGCCAGCCUUCUGGCUGGCCAUGGUUUUGCCACGUUGGCUCUAGCUUAUUAUGACUUUGAAGAUCUCCCCAAGCAACUGGACAUCAUACACCUGGAGUACUUUGAAGAAGCCCUGUGCUACAUGCUUCAGCACCCCCAGGUCAAGGGCCCAGGCAUCGGGCUUUUGGGCAUUUCUCUAGGGGCUGAUAUUUGUCUCGCCAUGGCCUCAUUCUUAAAGAAUGUCUCAGCCACGGUUUCCAUCAAUGGAUCUGUGUUCAGUGAAAACAGAGGCAUACAUUAUAAACAGACUAGCAUCCCACCAUUGGGCUAUGACCUGAGGAGAACCAAGGUACCUUUCUCAGGCCUCCUGGACAUUGUGGAUGUACGGAAUGAUAUCGUCAGAGGGUACGAGAACCCCAGCAUGAUUCCAAUAGAGAAGGCCCAGGGGCCCAUCCUCUUCAUUGUUGGUCAGGAUGACCACACCUGGAGGAGUGAGUUAUAUGCUCAAGUAGCCUCUGAACGGUUGCAGGCCCAUGGGAAGGAAAAACCCCAGAUCAUCUGUUACCCUGGGACUGGGCAUUACAUCGAGCCUCCUUACUUCCCCAUGUGCCCAGCUUCCUUUCACAUAUUACUGAACAAACCUGUGAUCUGGGGUGGGGAGCCCAGGCCUCAUUCCAAGGCCCAGGUAGAUGCUUGGAAGCAAAUUCUAUCCUUCUUCUGCAAACACCUGGGAGGUACCCAGAAGAGAGCUAUCUCCAAACUGUAAUGCAUUUGUCUGUUGACCUGAGAGACUCAAGGUCAGAAUCUAGUCUUCAAUAACCCUGUGUGAAUCGGAUAUAUCAUGGAUAACAUUAAAUUCACAUCUUUGCCAUUAA